CCGAUCUUCAACACUCGAUACCUUCCUCUUCUUUCUUUUCUUUCCUCCUAAUUUCCCCUCCUCCUCUUAGCUACCAGCUCACCGCCUUUUAUCCUCCCCUCCCCUAAUAUACGCAGCGGGCGACAUCAACUCGGCAACCCUUCUACAUCUUACGACAUCAAACAAUUACACAAUGGGCUCUGCGGGACGUCUGGCUGGCAAGAAUGCCGUCGUUACCGGUGCUGCUGGUGGCAUCGGUCUGGAGACCUCGAUCCUCUUCGCUAAGGAGGGCGCCAACCUCCUGAUGGCCGACAUCUCCGCCCCCGCUCUCGAAAAGGCCAAGGCCAAGCUCCUGCAGCUCGUUCCCGACGCCAAGGUAAACACCACCCUGUGCGAUGUCUCCAAGGAGGCCCAGGUGCAGGCCAUGGUCGAGUCCCUGGACUCCGCUGGCGGCCUGGACGUCAUCUUCAACAACGCCGGCAUCAUGCACGCCAAGGACGACGACGCCGUCGGCACACCCGAGAACAUCUGGGACCUGACCAUGGAUAUCAACGUCAAGGGUGUCUGGUUCGGCUCCAAGCACGCCAUUCUGGCCCUGCGCCGUCACAAGAAGACCAAGGGCUCUAUCAUCAACACUGCCUCUGUCGUCGCCCUCGUCGGCAGCGCCACCCCGCAGCUGGCCUAUACCGCCUCCAAGGGUGCUGUGCUCGCCCUCACCCGCGAGUUGGCUAUGGUGCACGCUCGCGAGGGCUUCCGUUUCAACAGCUUGUGCCCCGCGCCCCUCAACACACCGCUGCUGCAGGACUGGCUUGGCGACGACCAGCCCAAGAGGCUCCGCCGCGAGAUCCACUUCCCCUCCGGUCGUUUUGGCGAGGCUAUCGAGCAGGCCCACGCCGUUCUCUUCCUUGCCAGUGACGAGAGCAGCUUCGUUAAUGGUCAUGAUAUGGUGGUCGAUGGUGGUAUGACCAAGGCUUACGUGACCCCCGAGGGCCCCGCGUCUCAGGCUCCUGUGAACAACGCCCUCAAGGACUCGCUGGACGCUUAGACGGCGGUGAUUCCUGGACGGGGUGCUCGUGGCAGUCACAGACUUUGUGUGUACAGAGGAUUUUGUUUGUAAAAUCCUAUGCCCGCGCCACUAUAGAGAAGAUUUCUUAGAAAGGGUGGUCUAUUGGUGUUCUUGGCUGGGAUUUGUCAGAAAACGAUCUGGUAUUUGGUGUUCGAUGGGUUGCGCUUUUGAUUUUGUUGACAGGCUCUAAACCACAUAGAUGAAGCACCCGUCCCCCGUCCCCCUCCACUUCAAGGAAGCACACUGCAAAUGCUCUUUUACUCUGUCCAGAGGGUCCUCUUCAGUUGUAUGAGGGCUUCCUCCAUCAUCACCAGCUUGCUCGUCCGAAAUGGCUUUUCAUCACAAAUUUGGUUCGUGUUGUCGGUCGUAUGUACUUUGACGAAUAUUUGAGGUGACAUGAUCGAUAUGAUUUUGACUUAAUUCUUUUCCUUUUCCGUCUUUAGAAUUGGCCUUCCGUGUUGCCCUCGCCCAUACUCUUGCUCCCCGAGCUCCCGCUCUGGAUGGCCCCGACGAUGCCGUCCAUGUAGCUUGCGCCGCUCCACUUCUGGUGGGUCAACACCUCGACUCCGAGCUCCUUCUCCCUCCUCUGCACCAGGUUGACGUAGGCCAGCAUGCCGUCAUUCUUGAACUCCUUGGACAGCUGGUUCGUGAUGGUGGCGGUGCUGUGCAGGCCGGCCAGCGAGAUCAGCUGGAUCACGAAGCCUUCUCUCGCGAUGUCCCAGAUGAACGACUUGAGCGUCUCCUCGGUGAAUCCGUGGGACAUCCAGUUGAAGGAAGGGCUGAGGUUGUAGACCAGGCCCUUGCCCGGGUGGGCGGAACGGACGGCACGGCCGAGCUUGGUGCACACGUCGACGUUCGGGUCGCCCGUCUCAACCCACAGC